CUGAACGCAUCACAACUUCAGGAGUUCGACUUCGACUUCAAGUUUAGUUGUGUCAUACCGUCACGCCGCUUUUUCUCACAUUUUCCUCCAAAGUGACUUCCACGCGAAUCAUGGAGUUUGUUUGGAGUUUAGCGUGGAUGCUAGUGAGCGAACUCUGAGUCAACAACGAUGACGUCUCAGCGGUAAUUUCCUCUAUUUCACAUGUCGCUGAGGACUUUAAUGUGGUGUUCUGACAUGUAGCUUAUCACUAGCCGUCUGCUUCUUCCACGCAAAUGUCUCGAGAUAAACGUUCGAAAAUGUCCAAAAAGUCGCUUCACAUCUCCCCGGCGAGUCAACUUAUCCCCGGGCAGCAUUGGUGGCGUGUGGCCGCCUUCGCUGUGCUGCUGCUUGGUGUUUUAGCCUCGACGGGCUGGGCGGAGGAAACAUCCUGCCACGGAGCUUACGACCUCUACUUCGUCCUGGACAAGUCGGGAAGCGUCGCUGCCGACUGGUUUGAGAUUUACUCCUUUGUCAGGAAUCUAACUGACAGAUUUGUGAGUCCCAGGAUGCGAGUGUCGUUCAUUGUGUUCUCGGCCCAAGCUCACGUUCUCCUUCCGCUUACCGGGGAUCGGUAUGAGAUCGAAGAAGGCCUGGAGAAGCUGCGUGGCGUCAAUCCAGCUGGCGAGACGUACAUGCACGAAGGCAUCAAAAAGGCCACGGAUCAGAUCCAGGAGCAGACCAUCAAGUCGUCCAGCAUCAUCCUGGCACUGACGGACGGGAAGCUGGAAGUGUUUGUUCACGAGCUCACCGUCAAACAGGCGGAGGAAGCAAGGAAGUACGGCGCUCGUGUCUACUGCGUGGGCAUCAAGGACUUUGACGAGCAGCAGCUCGCCGACAUCGCUGACACCAGGGACCAGGUGUUUCCCGUCAAAGAUGGCUUCCACGCGCUCAAAGGGAUCGUUAAUUCCAUAUUGAAAAGAUCCUGUACAGAGAUCCUGAGUGUGGAGCCCUCAAGUGUCUGUGUCAAUGAGUCCUUCGACAUUGUGCUGCGCGGGAAUGGCUUCGCCCUGGGCCGCAGCAGCGAGAGUGUGGUGUGCAGCUUCAUCGUGGACCAGCAAACCUUCAAUCACAAGCCAAGCGCCGUGCGUAACGACUACCUGCUCUGUCCUGCACCCAAGCUCUACGACGUGGGACAGACCAUGGAUGUACUCAUCAGCUUGAACAAUGGCAAGUCGUUCAUCUCCAGUGCGUACACCAUCACCGCAUCUACUUGUUCCAACGGUCUGGUGGUGGCCAUCGUGUUCCUGGUGCUUCUUGCUCUGGUGGCUCUGGCCCUCAUGUGGUGGUUCUGGCCCCUAUGUUGCACUGUGGUCAUCAAAGACCCACCGCCACCACCACGCCCAUCAAGACCUCCACCACCUGAGCCCGAGCCAGUGGGCAAGAAGAAAUGGCCGACUGUGGAUGCAUCUUACUAUGGAGGACGAGGAGCGGGAGGCAUUAAACGCAUGGAGGUGCGCUGGGGUGAGAAGGGUUCCACAGAAGAGGGCGGCCGUUUGGAAAAAGCCAAGAACGCUAUAGUGUCCAUGCCAGAGGAUGCCGAGGAGCCUAUGGUGAAGCGGCCCACUCCCAAACCCGAUGCCUCCUCCUUCCACCACAGGGACAACAAGUGGUACACGCCCAUUAAGGGUCGCCUGGACGCUUUGUGGGCUUUAUUGCGACGGCAGUACGAUCGAGUAUCCCUCAUGCGGCCCACCUCUGCUGAUAAGGGUCGCUGCGUAAAUUUCAACCGCGUUCGGCGUUAGAAGAUGACGACGACAUCGCCAGAGGCUCGCCGCCAUGGACCAGAGAAGAAUUUCAGACUUUUUUUUUCGAUAUUUAUGUUUACUCUUACUUUUUUCCCGGCGCUUUUUGUCAAUAUUAUCCCACAAUCAUUCCGGGACCCUGAACACAUCACAAGCAUAUUGAAGGAAAAACAAAAGACUCUGUCAGAACAAUUCCAGUGGGGGGAGUGGGGGCCCUCCCGACAAUCCCGACCGUCUUCCUCUCGGCGACGUCUCGUCAACGUGGAACUCGCCCACCCACCGGCGUCCCUUUUUUGUUUUGUUUUUUCUUUUUUUCACGCGUGACGGUCGGCGGGCAGGACGGACGCCCCCGAGGUUUAUUCGGACCCCGGCAAGCCUGCCCUUCCCGAGACACCUUCCCGUCCGGCGUCAGGGAAUUAAUAGAGCGUAUCUCCACCACACGAAGCGAGCGGCCAUACCCGUCUCAUUAUUUGUAUUAGUUUUGUCUAUCAUCCAAAACUAAUUUCACUUCAUAUAAAAUAAAUUAAUAAUGCACUUUGUACAUAUUUUGCUUUUUUUGUUUUUAAAUAUUUUAGCCACCAAAGAUGAAAUACUGAAUGUUUUUUGUAUUCGCUUUGGCACAUUCAGCUAAUGCAGCUUACACAUAAUUUAAAUGCCAUUCAAAUGAGCAUUCGCUGUUGUUUUAUGACAUUAACAGCAUUUAAAAAUUUUUUACGGUUUUGUCAUAAAAAUAUUUUCAAAAUAAAUAGGCUUAUUUACUUA